GCCACCAUGAGCCUGGUGCUGGAGGCGAUGCUGGUCCCCCCGGGGGGGCUCCGCAAGGAGCCUUCUCGACUCGCGCCGCGUUCCGCCGCCUCCUCCAGCGGCUUCCACUCGUGGUCGGGACCCCCGGGCCCGGUGGGGCGAGCGCGGGGCGGCGGCGGGGGUAGCGCGGCCGCUUCCUCCACCGAGAGCCUGGACUCGCUGAACGGCGAACCGCGGGCGCGUAACGAGAAGGAGCUGCUGCAGGUCCUCAACGACCGCUUCGCCGGUUACAUCGAGAGGGUGCGGGCGCUGGAGCAGCAGAACCGGGCGCUGGCGGCCGAGGCGGCGGCGCUGCGGCAGCAGCAGGCGGGGCGCUCGGCCAUGGGCGAGCUGUACGCCCGGGAGCUGCGCGACAUGCGGGGGGCCCUGGUGCGCCUGGGGGCCGAGAAGGGGCAGCUGCGGCUGGAGAGGGCCCGCCUGGCCGAGGACGUGGCCGCGCUGCGGGGCAGGCUGGAGGAGGAGGCGCGGCAGCGCGCCGAGCUGGAGGCGGCGGCCCGCGGGCUGGCCCAGCGCUCGGCGCAGGAGGAGAGGGCCCGGGGUCCGCUGGCGGAGCGAGCCCGAGCGCUGCGGGAGGAAGCGGAGCUGCUGCGGAAGCAGCACCAGGCCGAGGUGGGCGCGCUGCUGCGCGGGGCCCGCGCCGAGCUGCCCCCGGAGCCCCCCGCCUCUCUGCGGCCCGGGGUCACCGCCGCGCUGCGCGACCUGCGGGAGCAGCUGGAGGGCACGGCAGCGCGCAGCACGCUGCAGGCCGAGGAAUGGUUCCGCGUGAGGCUGGACAAGCUCUCUGAGGUUGCCAAGGUGAACACAGACGCCAUGCGCGUGGCUCAGGAGGAGAUCUCUGAGUACCGCCGCCAGCUCCAGUCCAAGACCACUGAGCUCGAAACCCUCAAAGGGACACAGGAGUCACUGGAGAGGCAGAGGCAGGACUCAGAGGAACGCCAUCAUGCAGAUGUCCUGUCCUACCAGGAAACCAUCCAGCAGCUUGACAACGAGCUGAGGAACACCAAGUGGGAGAUGGCAGCUCAGCUCCGCGAGUACCAGGAUCUGCUCAAUGUCAAAAUGGCCCUGGACAUUGAAAUUGCUGCCUAUAGAAAGCUCUUGGAAGGAGAGGAGUAUCGGAUCGAGACUGGCUUUGGGAUGGUCUCCUUCCCUGAAGUGGUCCCCAAGGCUCCCAGCAUCGCCGCCAACAUCAAGGUGAAGGGCGAGGAGAAAAUCAAGGUGGUGGAGAAAUCUGAGAAGGAGACGGUGAUUGUGGAGGAGCAGACAGAGGAAAUCCAAGUGACUGAGGAGGUGACCGAGGAGGAGUCUGAGAAGGAAGCUGAAGAGGAGAAAGCUGAAGAAGAGAAGGAAGAGGAGGAAGCUGAACCAGAGGGUGAAGAAGCAGCCAAGUCUCCUGCAAAAGACGAGGCCAAAUCCCCAGCUGUAAAAUCCCCAGAGAAACCUGAGUCCCCUACAAAGGAAGAGGCCAAGUCCCCAGCCGUCAAGUCCCCAGAAAAGCCCUCAACCCCCUCAAAGGAGGAGGCCAAGUCCCCAGCUAAACCUGCAACCCCCUCAAAAGAGGAGGCCAAGUCCCCAGCUGUCAAGUCCCCAGAGAAACCUGCAACCCCCUCAAAAGAGGAGGCCAAGNNNCCAGCUGUCAAGUCCCCAGAGAAACCUGCAACCCCCUCAAAAGAGGAGGCCAAGUCCCCAGCUGUCAAGUCCCCAGAGAAACCUGCAGCCCCCUCAAAAGAGGAGGCCAAGACCCCAGCUGUCAAGUCCCCAGAGAAACCUGUGUCUCCCUCAAAAGAGGAGGCCAAGUCCCCAGCUGUCAAGUCCCCAGAGAAACCCACACCCCCCUCAAAAGAGGAGGCCAAGACCCCAGCCGUCAAGUCCCCAGAGAAACCUGUGUCUCCCUCAAAAGAGGAGGCCAAGUCCCCAGCUGUCAAGUCCCCAGAAAAAGCCAAAUCUCCAGUGAAGGAGGAAGCCAAGUCCCCACAGAAGGAAGUGGCCCCAGCCAAGGAGCCUGUCCCCUCCCCUCCAAAGGAGCCAAAAGCCCCUGCAAAGGAAGAGCAGCGCAAGGAGGAGAAGGCUCCCCCCAAGCCUGCAGCAGAGGGCAGGAAGGAUGAGGCUCCCAAGAAGGAUGCCCCAGCCAAGGCGGAGGAGAAGCCCAAAGAGAAGGUGGCAGCUGGGCCAGAGCCUCCAGCCCCACAGGUGAAGGAGACCAAGGCCGCCUCCAAACCUACUGAAGAAGGGAAAGCUGAGAAGGAUUCUCAGCCAAAACCUCAGCAGGAGGCCGGCAAAGCGGCUGGGAAGGAGCCAGAGAAACCGAAGUCUGAGGAAAAGGUGGAGGAACCAAAGAAGGAGAAGGUGGAAGACCCCAAAUCAAAACCCAAAGAUGACUCCAAAGCCAGUAAAGAGCCUCCCAAAGCUGAGAAGCCCCCCAGCAAGGAGGGCAAAGCCCCAGAGCCGGCACCCGCUGCGGGAAAGAAAUGAGCGGAGCUCCUCUGGGAGCUGGAGCUGCUCCGCUCCCCUCCGAAGGGUGAGACGGGGACGGUCCCCACCCCGGGUCCCCCCCAGCCAGGCCUUACCUUAGCAAUAUGUUUGUGAGAGACACAGCCCCUCGCUGCCCCACGCCAGUGGUAUGUUCCGAUCGCUUCAGUAGCAGAAUGUGAUAUACGCAGAGCGCCACAUUUAAACACUUGAAUUAUAACGAGGAGAACAGAUCCCGGGGGAACCGACUGCCCUUCUCCAAUAAGUGCAUUUAUUUAUUGUAUGUGCAAUCGAUGGACAAGUGCAACUCAGAGCUCUAGCUGCUUGGGACGCGUGCCGCGGGCUGGCUGGCUGAGUCCUUCCCUCGCUGGGUGACGAGCGUCCCUCUGGGCAGUGACCCCGGCUGUAGCUGGCUUUGGGGGAAGAGGUUAGGCACUGCAGGAAUGCUCACGGAAAUACAAAGUGCACUAGGAAACUCGAGUCCACUGUCAAUUGCUUAUGUGCAAUAACCAAAUAAAGUGCUUACAGAGACA